AUGAAGCUGAGUCCAGCUACUGCGUCAAUAACUGGUUGUUGUCGAUUUGAGAAGCGUGAUAGGAGUUAUGGAGUUCUCUUGGAUAGUCAAGAACGUACAAUAACUGGCUAUGGUUCAGUUGCUGAAUACAUAAACGAGAAGCUUGACUGUACAUCAAGCAUCGUUAGCGUUUUAUCGACUACGUUUGGCAAUAGCAUCGGUCAAAACACGAAUAAUCGGAAAAAACGCCAAAUAAGAUCAGUUACUUUAGCCGUUUUUUUGGAUGCACCGAAUCCGAAUCGGAACCGAGGAUUCGAUCUCGGCUCCAUGAGGAUUCGGUUAGAUUCGAUUCCUGCGGGUUUGAAUUCGUGUGGGUUCGGAUUUGCAAAUCCAAUGUUCGAUAGGUCCCAUAUCCAAUCAGUACUUGGUUCGGCUGCUUUCUCAUUGAAUAUCGAAACGACUACCGGAAUAGUUUCAGUUUUGGCUCAAUUCUGUUCAGUUGGUCAAGUUGUUUCAGGGAAGAAAAAUAAAUUGAAUGGAAAAGGCACAAGACAAAUUUAUUCUUGUUUGCUUGUUUAUUUAUUUAUUACAUUAUUUUGUGUUGCUAUUUCUCUCAUCUCUCUCUCUUCAAUCUUCUCUUUUGAAAUUCGCGUUGAAUCAUGUUGA